AUGGAUAGCUGGCUGUUCGACAUUGCCGCUCAGGAGGCGCGCUUCUCCCAGCGCCACCCCCCCCAGCCCGCCGCCUCCUCUUCCUCCUCCUCCUCCUCCCCGCCGCCCACGCUCCCCUCCGCCGCCGCCCUCCGCGCCGCCGAGGCCUCCCUUCCCUCGCCCUCCUCCCCCACCUACCUCGCCGGCGCGCCCGCCGCCGCCGUCGCCACGCACAUUGCGCGCGACGUCGUCCCCGCGCUGACCGGCCAGAACGCCUCGCCGCGGUAUUUCGGCUUCGUCACCGGCGGCGCGCUGCCGCUCGCGCAGUGGGCCGACAACGUCGUCACCGCGCUCGACCAGAACGUGCAGGUGCACCUGCCUUCGCAGACGGUCGCGACGGCCGUCGAGGACGCGGCGCUGGAGAUGCUGGCGCGCGCGCUGCGGCUGGGAGGGGAGUGGGAGGGGAGGACGGUGACGACGGGGGCGACGGCGAGCAAUGUCCUGGGGUUGGCGUGCGGGAGGGAGCACGUUCUGGGAGGAGGGAGUGUCGGGGAGUUGGGGGUGUUGGAGGCGGCGAGGAGGAAGGGCGUGGUGGAGGUGCAGGUGCUGACGAGCAUGGGACAUAGCUCGCUGGGCAAGGCCGCGAGCGUGGUCGGGCUGGGUCGCGCGGCGGUGCGGGAGAUGGGGAGGGAGGGGGAGGAGGAGGAGCCUUGGCGGUUGGAUUUGGCCAAGGUAGAGGCGGCGAUGGAAGGGAGGAAGGGGACGGCGACGAUAGUGGCGGUGAGCGCCGGUGAGGUCAACGCCGGGCGGUACGCGCUGCACGGCGUGGAGGAGUGGCGGCGGCUGCGCGAGUUGGCGGACAAGUACGGCGCUUGGAUUCACGUUGACGGAGCUUUCGGCGUCUUUGCGCGCGCGCUGGAACAGACGGACGAGUUCAAGCUCUUGCAGGAGCGUACAGAGGGCAUUCACCUCGCCGACAGCAUCACCAUUGACGGGCACAAACUUCUCAACGUGCCCUACGACUGCGGCAUGUUCUACUGCAAGUCCUCCGCCAUCAUGCAGGCCGUCUUCACCAACCCCAACGCCUCCUACCUCUCCUCCUCCUCCGCCUCUACCAUCCCGUCCCCCCUCAACAUCGGCCUCGAGAACUCGCGCCGCUUCCGUGCGCUGCCCGUGUACGCCGUGCUUCUGUCCGAGGGGCGGCCCGGCCUCGCCGCGCUGCUCGCCAGCAUGACGCGGCUCUCCCGCGCCGUCGCCUCGUUCCUGCGCGACUCGCCGCACUACCAGCUGCUGCCGGAGGGGAACGCCGCCGAGGAGGACAUUUUCAUCUCGGUGCUGUUCCGCGCCAGGGACGCAGCGCUCAACGAGACGCUCGUGGCUCGCAUCAACGACACCCGGCAGCUGUACGUCAGCGGUACCGUGUGGCAGGGGCGCCCGGCGGUGCGCAUCGCCGUGUCCAACUGGCGUGUUGAUGUCGAGAGGGACGCGGCGGUCGUUCGGGGGGUCUUGACGUGCAUCGCGGAGGGCAGGGAGUUUGAUAUUGCAGAGUACUGA